AUGACAUUUUCAGAACUCGAUGCCACAUUAAGGACUGAUGAAAGUUUUGCAUUGCACUCACAAGAAGAAUAUCAUAAAAAUUUCACUCCUUUAGAAAAGAUAGAUAAUUAUAGUAAUUCAAGUAACAAAAUCAGCGAUAACGUUUUCAUUCCGGAAUUAAAUAACAAUUUGCGCGACCAAGAUAACAUUAAUCAAAAUAUUGAUGAUAAUAUCAAUCAAACUAUUGAUCAUAAUAUCAAUCAAAAUAUUGGUGAUAAUAAUUCACAAAUUCUACAUGUGAAUGAAAUUCCUAUUGUCUUAGAAGCAGAAGACAAUGUUAUUAGCAUUACAGAAAAUAAUAUUCCUAUAGCUACUGAAACUCUUAAUUCUAUAUUACGAUAUGUUCUCGAAAUAAAACUAAUGUGUAAACGAAUAGACGAGCGUUUACAUGUUUUAGAAAAUAAUGGCAAUAAUAUAAAUAUUGGUCGUAACAUUGAUAUGCUUCCACAAUUACCAAUGGAUUGUUUUGAAGAUAUUAAUAAUUUUGAAAUUAUAUCAGCAUAUGCUAUAAAGACCAUUUAUCCUUCUAUAACAGAAGCACAAUUUGAAGAGAUUUUAAAAGCAUGGUUUAGACAAGCAAACUUUCGAUUAAAUCGUGAAAAGGUCAGAAAUAAUGCAAGAAAUGAUAAU